AUGCGAGACUCGGGCAGCACCCAAGGCGUCAUCACCCGAUCGGCGCAGCGCAACAACGCCAUGGUCGAUCUCUUCCAUGGCUGGUCGACGGAUGCACAGCCGAGCGACGACAUCGCGUCCACAUCCGCGGUCGUGCUCGAGAACAAUGCGCUGAAGCGCACUGCCUCGCAAGAAGCAUCCUUAUGGACCAGCGAGGAGGCAGCCCCUCAAUUCCAAUCCAUCACGUUCCCCAAAAAGGAUUCGUCACUGGCCGUGUCACUCUAUACAGGCUUCAAAGAGGAUCAGGAGGUGGCUGAAGAGGCAGAGCUCGAAAGGAUCCGACGUCUUCCUCCAUCCAAACGACCCGGUGUGUCGCAUGCCAAAAAGACGCCGCCCAACCACAUCAAGCGUCCUCGCAACGCCUACAUUAUCUUUCGAUCGCACACCGUAUCGCAAAAGCUCAUACCAAAAGAGGUCGAAAAUGACCAUCGCAAUAUCAGCCGGAUCAUCGCACACAUGUGGAAGAGCUUGACACCCGAAGAUCGUGCACACUACGAGCAGAUCGCCAAGGAGGAGAAGGAGAGGCACAAGCAGCUCUUCCCCAACUACCGAUACCAGCCCGCAACGCGCCGCACAGGAGUCAGCAAGCGCAACGUCAAGAAGCUCGAGAACGGCGAAGAGGAGUGUCAGGAGAUCGCCGACAUCAUCCUCAAGGCGCAGGGUAAGGAUGGCGUCAUUGUCCGCAGUGGUCCCUCGAAAGCGGUCAAAAGGGCACGCGAGGCGACGCGUGCUUCGUCGGCAGCAGCUCGCAGAGCUGACAAGGCCUCGACACCACGCGCCAAACGAGUCCGAGUGGCCAAGUCUGAAACGGACGAGUCGGAUGCUGUAACUUCGGCGGCGGCUGGCGAGGUGCUCGAGACCGUCUUCUUGCAUCCAUCGCCAUCGUCCUCGCCGAUGACGGACCCUAGCAGCGGCAGCAGUCACGAAGCCGGAUCGCUGCCAACGCCUUCGCCAGAACCGUUCCAGUUAGCAUCAAGAACGACCUCUGUCGAUUACGGUCAAUUAGCGCAAUCACCCGACCACACAAUAAAGAUUGCAUCGGAUAUCUUUGGACGUCGUUCGUCUUCCGUACCGGUGACGCGAGCGUGCUCUCCGCCGCCAUCCUUCCUCUCGGCUGUUCGAGAGCACACCGCCGUCACCGCCCUCGGUUCGGAUCACAACGAGUUGAUCGAGGUAGAACACACAGAGGUGGAGGAUGGCGAUCAUUUCAGCAUGCCAGCACCUGCCUGGAAGGGUCGCAAGACCCUGCCUCCUGCUCCGAUUGCAAACACGUGGCAGUUCGCUUCGUACGAUGACCAGUCGCUACCAUCGCCGCGAUCGUUCGAGAGCUUCGCAUCGGCGAGCAAAGCGGCUAGCGCUCGACCGCGCACCGCGUGGCCAUCAACGCCGAGCUCGAGCAGCUUCCGCGGCUUCUUCCAUCCUUGGGCGGUGGAGCACGGUAAUGAGUCGAUGCUCAUCUCACCGAUGACGGCGUCGUUCCAGGACCUGAGGAGACGCAGCUCGCUUGCCCGGGCCGGGUCGAUCGCUGGUCGAAGGCAGGAUUCUUUUGGUACAGAGGCUCCUUACGCUUCUGGCGAACGAGAAGAGGAUGCCGAUGUCGCGCAAGCAACCUUAACCUCUGCAUCUGACGUUCGUCUUGGGGACGCUCCUCUUUUUGACGAGGUUGCGAGAACAUCUGCGGUGAGCUUGGAGCCGGAGGCAUCCACGACCGACUAUGUCGAUUCCCGAGGCUUCGCCUUUGACCCAGCUCUGGAAGGCGAAGGCUGUGAGCCAGCUGCGGCCGAAUCUGUGGCCGAGCAGCAGGAGCUUCCCAGCCGCAGCCAGGCGACUCAGCCUGUGCUCCCAUUUCCUCGUUUCUACGCAGAGAGUCCGCGCGCUUCAUUCUCGGGCAGUACCCUGGCCGCUGCCGCUCGCGACUGGGCCAGCAUGAAGAGGCGUCGGAGCAGGAUGGCACCGCCUCCCGUCGUCAACGCGGACAACGAGGCGGUACCACAGCCGGCCGAGAUGCCAGCUAGCGGCGACACCGACUCGAUCGAAUCUUCCGAUCAUCGAAACGCGAACAAGUCCUCACGGUACAGAUCCAGCCUCGAAGAGUCGGUGGAAAGAGCCGUGAUGCUGGCACUCGGCAAGGAGCACAACCAGGACUCGGAUCGAGGCGAACGAAACUCGAAGAUUGUCGAACAGAUCCUGUCUUCGCUCAGCACUGAGCUUGCUUUCCAACAGCAGCACCAACAAUCGGACCAUCACCACCAUCAGCAGCAGCAGCAGAUGAUGGCGCCGCCAUCGAUGUACGCCACUGACGAGGCUGCGUCAAGCUUCAUUGGCUCUCGCUCACGCUCUUCAUCGCGGGCAUCUCGUACACACUACUACGCCAGCAAUACAGCAAGCGCAGAUGGAUCGUCGUUGCGAACCUCGAAGCCGCUUCCCUCGCCAUUGCAGCUGGUCGUGUCGAACCACGAGAUGGGUUCCGACGCUGUGCACUCUCAUCCCCACUCUCACGCUUACUCCCACUCUCCCUCCUAUUCGUAUUCUCAGUCGACUUCCCAGCAUUGUGUAUGA